GGCAAGGUGAGGUGGAAACAGAAAUAAAUAAGUUGCAUAAUUGGGUGUAUCUUUUUUUUAUUUGACAUGAUCUGACAUGUCAUGUGUGAAUUAAUAACUUGAUAAGAGAUUUUCACCCAUUUAAUGAUAUACUCCCUCCGUUCCUAAAUAUUUGUCGUGGUUUUAGUGCAAAUUAACAGAGGGAGUACAAAUUUGCAAUAUGAGCACGUUUCAUGUAUGUUUAUGGAUGAAAUUCCAUCUUUGAUAGCCUUUCUGCAUUUUGUUUGGGCCACGCUCGGGCUGUGGUAUGGAACCUCGUGUUAUUAUUGGACCAGGCUCUCCGGCUUUGCUUGCAGAAACCUGCUUAAAAUCCGGCCCAGCCCAAUGCUAGAGAUAAUUUGCAGAGUACCUCUCUCUUUUUCUUCAGGUUCUCACAAAAAAAAAUCUCUUCUUCAAAUCAAUUUUGUUUGCGAGUAAAUAAAUUAUUUCUAGUUUUUCAGCCACUAGAUUGCAUAUAGCAAUGAAGUACUGAUAAGGUAGUACAGCUAAAAUUUUGCUAUACACUCCGUACAUCGUAUAUAUCUCAAUUUCAGGACCAUAAAUAAUAUCCAGAAACGAAAACCAAUCAUAAAUACGAAUUAAUGGAUUACAAUCAUCAUCAUCCUCCGGUUCAUCCAACUCCCUUGGAAUUUGGUCGUCGUCUUUCUCCCCGAACUCACCUCACCGAUCUCGAAGAAGAAGAAAGCAGACGGAGCUAGCUCCUUGGAAGUUGGAAGUCGUCGUAUCUCGGGGGUUUGACUUUCUUCCAUGCUAGCUGUCGGCAUCUAUUCGUAGACUUGCAGUCCAGCUCGAGCACGAAAGCAGCAAAUUUAAUUAAGCGGCCCGGCGAGAUCUCUCGCUUGCUCGAUCGCCGCCGUCCGCGAAGAAGACGAAGAAGAACCCACAAAUUUCGUCCAUGGCCGCCGCCGCGGGGCACGUCCACUCGGGGGGCAGCCCGUUCCUGGUGUCGCCGUCCUCGGGCCACGCCGCGACGCCUUCCUCCGCCAUCUCCUCCGGCUCCGGCAGGAAGAAGGUGGAGGCGGCAGAGACGGGGGACGCGGGGGCGGCGUUCGUGCUGGAGUCGAAGGGGACGUGGCUGCACGCGGGGUUCCACCUGACGACGGCCAUGGUGGGUCCGACGGUGCUGACGCUCCCCUACGCGCUCCGGGGGAUGGGGUGGGCGCUCGGCCUGUCCGCGCUCACCGCCGUCGCCGCCGUCACCUUCUACACCUACUUCCUCAUGUCCCGCGUCCUCGACCACUGCGAGGCCCAUGGCCGCCGCCACAUCCGCUUCCGCGAGCUCGCCGCCGACGUCCUCGGAUCUGGGUGGGUGUUCUACAUGGUGGUGACGGUGCAGACGGCCAUCAACGCCGGGAUCACCAUCGGCAGCAUCCUGCUCGCCGGCAACUGCCUGCAGAUCAUGUACUCGAGCCUGGCGCCCAACGGGUCCCUGAUGCUCUACCACUUCAUCAUCAUCGUGGCCGUGGUGCUGUCCUGCCUCUCGCAGCUGCCGUCCUUCCACUCUUUGCGCUACAUCAACCUCGGCUCACUCCUCCUCAGCUUCGGCUACACCAUCCUCGUCUCCGCCGCCUGCAUCCGAGCAGGCGUGUCGAGCGAUGCGCCGGCGAAGGACUACUCGCUGAGCGCGUCGAGCUCCGAGAGGGCCUUCGACGCGUUCCUGUCAAUCUCGAUCCUGGCGACCGUCUUCGGCAACGGCAUCCUGCCGGAGAUCCAAGCCACGCUAGCCCCGCCGGCGGCGGGGAAGAUGGUGAAGGCGCUGGUGAUGUGCUACACGGUGGCCUUCUUCACCUUCUACCUCCCGGCCAUCACCGGCUACUGGGCAUUCGGCAGCAAGGUGCAGUCCAACGCGCUGCAGAGCCUGAUGCCCGACGAGGGGCCCCCUCUGGCGCCGACGUGGCUCCUGGGGCUCGCCGUCGUGCUCGUGCUCCUCCAGCUGCUCGCCAUCGGGCUCGUCUACUCCCAGGUGGCCUACGAGAUCAUGGAGAAGGGCGCCGCCGACGCGGCGCGGGGCCGGUUCUCGUGCCGGAACCUCGCGCCGCGGGUGGCGCUCAGGACGGGGUACGUAGCGGCGUGCGCGCUCGUGGCCGCCGCGCUGCCCUUCUUCGGGGACGUGGUUGGCGUCGUCGGCGCCGUCGGGUUCAUCCCCUUGGACUUUGUGCUCCCCGUUGUGAUGUACAACGUGGUGUUUGCGCCGCCGAGGAGGUCGCCGGUGUACCUCGUGAAUGCGGUUGUCAUGGUGGUGUUUGUUGGCGUUGGGGUUGUCGGCGCCUUCGCGUCGGUGAGGAAGCUCGUGCUCGACGCCGGGCAGUUCAAGCUCUUCAGUGACCACGUCGUCGACUGAAUUGGCGUUGCCGGGUUCAGGCUCUUCCGUGACCAUGUUGUAGACUGAAUUUGCAUUGGGCUCGUGUACCUUCUUUUUUUUUAUCCUUCUAGCCCGAUCAGGUCAAUUCCGGCCCAUUUGUAUUUCUCCUGUUCAAAAAUCAAAUUACUCGUAUUAUAGUACUGUAAAUUAUACAGACA